AAUUGAAAAGGCAGAAAUUACGAUUCAAAUUUAUCAAACACGGUAACUUGUUGAAACCUCUUUAUAUUGGACGUUGUAUUUAAAACGUGGGUUUCCAGUAAAUGCAACGGUCCACCGUGUCCAGUUACAACUUAGUUUUAGUUUCGCUGGGCACCGGCUACUUUUUUGGCAGACUCGUGGAACUUGUUCUUGGAUCAAGGUUGCACCCGAGGAGAAGAGUCGUUACUACCGAGUCUCCGCUUUGGAAGGAAGGGAUUACUUUUUCGCCAGCUACGCCCGGACAGGAAGAAAAAACACACUUUAGCAGCCACCACAUGCAUCCUAUCGUAUUGGCAUGAGGAACUAUGUCGUGCGUACUUUCUUCUACGGUGAAAAACAGCCGAAACGUUGCCCUUUUGUGCAUUUCCCCACAUCAACAGAGUUCUUUUUUUACCUAGGCACGAGUAACUCCUUCCACAAUAUGUUAAAAUGCCUUUGCGCUCUUUCGGUGUCUCUAUAGGGGUUGAUCGCAAAGAGUCUGUUAAUAUAGUCUUUUUUUUCGUGACCAUAUCACCGAUACAUUCAUUGUUGCAAAAGACAGUCGACAGAGUACAGUACUGUGAUUUUUUUUUUUUGUUUCCCUCGCUGAGUGGCCAUGCUAGGGAUGGUGCCAUUUGUAAAGGAAUGCUUCGCUUUCUCUUGGCGUUAGCGCUGCAGUGGAUUCAUGGCCAACAGCAACAACAUGUUCGUGGCCUCUGCUGUUGUGGUGUGGGAAUGGCUGAACGAACACUGUCGAUGGCGGCCCUACAGCCCAGCCGUCUCCCAUCAAAUCGAGGCGGCCAUUCGGAGUGGAGAUACCCGCGGGGGGAGCGUGGUCCUCGGCCAGGUGGAGAGUCGACUCUCUCCGUACAUAAUUGAUCUUCAAUCAUUGCACCAGUUCAGACAAGACACGGGAACUAUCCGUCCAGUGAGGAGAAGUUUUUAUGACCCAGCUUCAGCUCUAAGACAAGGCUGGCAGUGGGAGUGGGAAAAUGAUGCAGGUUCAUGGACACCUUAUGACAUUGAGGUGGCUAUCGCCAUUGAGAAUGCUCAUAGCCGCCAGCAGCCAUCCCUUGACUUGACACCCCUCGGUUUCUGCUACCUCAUUGAUUUUCAGAACAUGACACAGGUGAAUAGACAGAGCCAGAGGUGUCGAAGAAUUCAGCGACGUUCUGAUAUGGCCUAUCCUCUGGUGUCUGGACCUCUUCCGUUGCUAAAAGUAGGAACUGGAGGUGUAGAAGGAGGAUUGACAGGUGCCCUGCUAGGUGUCGGAAUAUCAGGGGCUAGCAUGGGAACUGGGGGCUCUGUCUACUCGAACGGGGGGAUAAUGACUAUGGGACUGGGCCACCCUUGCUCCUGCCAGCAAUGCAUGCUUGUCUUUAGUGGGAAAACAAACACAGGAGGCUCAGGAACAGGGAUACAAACUCUAGGUAGACACUCACUAACCAUACAGCAUCUUAAGACCUCAACGCCCACCGGCUCAAAACCUUUGGAUCCACCUCAAUCAACCACACUGGGGAGAGGGCAGGCCAUGAAGUCCAACUGCAGCACCUAUCAGAUGCUGCCACAUGGCCUCGCUAUCUCUAAAAACACUGCAUCUCCAAGAAGGAAUGCCCAGCUCUUUGCUCAAUCACUAGCUGCCCUCACCACCGGGACCUCUACUCUUGGUAUCUCCUCAUCCUCCAGACCACCUCCUCCAUCACUCCCGCCCCCUCAGCUGCCAUCAUCCAAUAUGAUUGAUAAUCCUCCGUCCAUUCCAGCCAAACAUUCUUCAUCUUCAGCCAAAGAAUCAGUGCCAACUGCCACAUUAAUUACCCCAGCUAGUACCGUGAACACACACCCAUCCCCUGUAUCAUCUUCGUCGCCAGCAGUAAUGAAGCCACAACAUGCACCAUUGUCUGCAUCCAAAGUGUGCCAUGCCCCAGUACCGCAGAGAUCAAGUUUAGCUGGACUGAGUAGACCAGCAUUGCAAAGGAUUGCAAUGGCCCAGUCAAGAGCACUUAUUGCGUCAGGUGUCCCUACUGUGCCUGUGAAAAAUCUCAACGGAUCAAGUCCUGUUCACCCUGCACUGGCAGGGAUCACAGGAAUUUUGAUGAGUGCUGCUGCUCUGCCAGUGUGUCUUACAAGGCCUCCUAAACUUGUACUCCAUCCUCCAUCUGUUACCAAGAGUGAAAUUAAACCAGUGCCAGGCUUUGGCAACUGCUGCAAAAAGACCACCAAAAAACAGGCUCGCAAGGGUAAGACUCCAGAGGAUGUAGUAAAGAAGUACCUACAAAAAGUAAAGAGUCCUCCACAUGAGGAUUGUACCAUAUGUAUGGAACCUUUAGCGGGUCCUUCUGGAUACAAAGGUCCAGGGGUGGGACCUGUUUCCAGAGCAGAAUCUGUUGGGCGACUCGCACACUGUGGACACCAGUACCACUUCCAGUGUCUGGUGGCCAUGUAUAAUAAUGGCAACAAGGACGGCAGUCUUCAGUGUCCCACCUGUAAAACCAUCUAUGGUGUAAAGACUGGGAACCAACCAGCAGGGAAGAUGGAGUAUCACAUUAUUCCUCACUCGUUACCGGGCCAUCCCGACUGCAAAACAAUUCGCAUAAUCUAUAACAUCCCACCAGGCAUUCAGGGACCAGACCAUCCGAAUCCAGGGAAGCCAUUCACAGCCAGAGGCUUCCCAAGACACUGCUACCUCCCAGACAGUGACAAGGGACGGAAGGUAUUGAGACUGCUCCUGGUUGCGUGGGACCGUAGGUUGAUCUUUUCAGUUGGGACUUCAAGCACCACAGGAGAAUCUGACACGGUCAUAUGGAAUGAGGUACACCACAAAACAGAGUUUGGCUCCAACCUAACAGGUCACGGAUUCCCUGACCCUGGACACCUAGACAAUGUUCUAGAGGAGCUCCGAGCUCAGGGGAUCACAGAUGAUGAUGGACUGACAGAAAAGUGAAAAGACUUGACAAGGGGAAGAAAAAUCAUCCUCACCAGAUAACAGAACCCAGAAGAGAACAAGAGGGAGUCAGUUUGGCAGUAUUUUGAAGAGGCACAACAGACAGCGUCUUUUUUUUUUUUUUUAUAUAAAUAUUGAUUUUGUUACUUAAUAGUUUUCUUAUAAUUCCAGUACUGUAUAGUUAAAUACUUAUUAAAUGAAUGAGAAGAAGGAAAAAUAGCUGCAAGAAAGGUGUUUUUUGUUACUCAGGAUCUAGGUGCUAAAAGUCCACAAGUAAGAGUGAAAUGGUACUGAUUGUGGAAAAACAGAAGUUUACUCUGAGUGAAAUAGAAGAUGGUCUGUGAGUGUGGGUGGAGGGGGUAAUGGAGAGAAGGGACCAACAGAGAAAGAUAUCUGAUGUGGGGGAGGGGUCUGGAGGAAACACAUGGCACCAAGAAAACACUAUGUAGUGUAGGUAGGAUAAGAGUAACGCUAACGUUUUAAGGUACUUUACAGUUACUAGUCCUUUAAUCACAAACACGACAAAAGCAGUCAAGAAUGAUGGCGAUAAUAUUUUGCUACAUUGCUCCCUCUUAUUUUUUUGAGGGGGUUGGGGGGGGCUACAAGCUACUGAAGCACACAUUAAAUCACAUAGGUUAACAUCACCUAUCAUUGUCACUGUAUUGCUUUACUUUUGAGAGGUCCAACUCAGUACAGUACAGUUAUCAGUAUGUAUGAGAAGACAAUGAAACCAAUGCCCUUCUCUCUCUUUGCUAUCUUUAGUGUCUUAAAAAUGUUUCUGAGGUACACACAAACCUUACACAGGUACUGGAAUUUACUUGCCUACCUAAUACACUAAUAUGUAUAAAAUGAAUGAACUAGGGGUUGUUGUUUUUUUUAAAAUCUCCCCUGGUACCUCGCUCACUCAUCCAAUGAGAUAACUUUGCAGCAGUGUUUUUCUCUGUUAAAAGGAAAUGAGCAUGUUGAAUACUGUGAGAUUUUCCAUUCAGCUUACUUCUUUUUACCUUCUCUCUUCCAGCAGCAAGUAAUAAUGCAUUAGCCAGUUUCUGUUUUUUUUAGUCUGUAAAUUUCUGAUUUUAAUGGUUUGAAUGAGUGCAUGUGUGUUGCGAGAGAAAAGUUGUGUACUAUGUAUACUGCCAACAUGCUCUGAGUAGAGUAUUAACUAUUUCUUUUCUAUUUUCUUUUGUAUUAGCUCAUUUGGGAACUUGGAGGAUGAUGAUGGUACUCACCAUGUGGUUAUUCCUGUUUUUCCUCAUGGUAUUAUGUUAGAAUGUGAACUGUAGCUACAACUUUUCUGUACAAUAGUGUAUUCCUGACAUGAUCAUAGUGAAGAGGUUUUGUUGUAUAUUUAAUGUGUAUUCAUUAUGUACUUUUUAAUAGUAUUGGUUUAGAAUUUUUUAAUACAAUAGGGUUUCCAUUUUUUGGCAUACCGAAGUGAGGCUGAAUUGAAACAUCUUUUCUUUUGAAAAGGAAUGUGAUAAUAUACUUGUAUAUGAGUUUCUAAUGAAUUUGUAAUGCAACUGCAAACACCCCUUUUACAUUUUUUUAGAUGGUUUGAGAAAGUGAAACGUUAUCCUGGAUUGAUGUUAUCAUAAAUGUCAUUGCGUUUUGUCCUCUUGCUCUGAUGACCUAAACGUUUUCAUAAUAUUGUUGUGAUCUAAUGUCAUGAUGAAAAGUUAUAUUCUGAGUUACUACAUCCAUUGUUUGAACUAUUUGAGCAAAUGCCUGUUGAAUCAAGAAAUAAAUUAAAAUAGUAUUUGGGCCUGA